AUGGACGGUGGUGGGUAAGAAAAACAAAUAAGUUUAGGCGCCCCCAAUCCUAACCUAGAGAAAAUAAAGCAGAGGCAGUAGUCAUCACCACCGGCAGAAGAAGAUAUGAUGGAUUCCGCCACCGUGUCCCACGAUGAUCAGAAGGUUAGCAGAAGAUAUAUUCCAAUAUCAUUCUACAUGGAUUCCGCCGUCAACCACCCUGGUCCGAUUCGUAAGGUCAGCAAAAAUUCUAUCCCACUAUCGUUCUACACAACCACCCACGUCUACCACCCUGCUCCUGAUCCGACCUCUGAAUCAAAGAUGGAUGUAUUUGUGGUAAAUGAAGAAAAGGAUACCAGAAAGAAGAAUCCACUAUCGUUCUACAUGGAUCCCACCGUCUCCCACCCUGGUCCGUUGCUUAUAAACUAUAUACAACUAUACAAUUCAUCUGAAUCAAAUUCAUCCGAAUCAAAUUCAUCUGAAUCAAAGUUCAGCUUUGGUAGCUUUGAUUCCGAGUCCUCUGAAUCGAAAUCAUCUGAAUCAAAGUUAUGCUUUGGUAGCUUUGGUUCCCAGUCCUCUGAAUCAAAGUUAAACUUUCGUAGCUCUACAACCAAAUCAUCUAAAUCAAAGUUAAACUUUCGUAGCUCUGAAUUCAAAUCAUCUGAAUCAAAGUUAAGCUUUCGUAACUCAAAGUUAAGCUUUGGUUCCCAGUCCUCUGAAUCCAAAUCAUCUGAAUCAACUUUAAGCUUUCGUAGCUCAAAGUCAAGCUUUGGUUCCGGGUCCUCUGAAUCAAAAUCAUCUGAAUCAAAGUUAAGAAAGUUAAGCUUUGGUUCCGGGUCCUCUGAAUCAAAAUCAUCUGAAUCAAAGUUCAUCUUUGGUAGCUUUGGUUCCCCGUCCUCUGAAUCAAAAUCACCUGAAUCAAAGUUUAUCUUUGGUAGCUUUGGUUCCGAGUCCUCUGAAUCAAAGUCUGUGGCAAAGGUCAGCAAAAACUAUAUUCCUCCGUCCUCCAAAUCAAAGGUUAGCAGAAACUCUAUUCCCGAUAAAUUUGCUUUCUCUAUUCUUUCAAAACUCCCCAUAAAGUCAUUGAAGCGCUUUGGAUGCGUACGCAAAUCAUGGUCCGUUUUAUUUGAAAACACUGAUUUCAUGACAAUGUACAGAGAACAUUUCAUAUCUCGUCAUGGUUCCUACGAUGAUUAUCAUUCAUUUAUUCUCACAAGUCAUCGGCUUGAUCAUGGUUUUAUCCACUCUGAAUUUCAUUUGGUCGAAAAUAGACUCAAACUAAAUUUGCCAUCUCCACUUCAACGGUCUGGCAAAUAUACUUGUAUUCUCGGCUCCACAAGUGUUAACGGCUUUUUUUGUCUCGGCCAACAUUAUCUAGCUAUGAAGACGCCCCAAUAUGUAUUAUGGAAUCCCCUUACCGACGAAUUCAUGGGCAUUCCUUCUAGCCCCACUGAACUUACACCAAAACACCCUAGUUUCGACACCCUCAGUCUCGAACCUAUUUUUCACGGGUUUGGUUAUGACCAACUUAGACAUGACUUUAAGGUCGUUCAGUAUGUAUCAUUUGUUUCCGCUCGCUCUUCUCGGCUUACAACAAGUUUUUUUGAGAUAUAUAGUUUAAAAAGUAAUUCUUGGAGAAUGAUCGACAUGGACAAUGAUCUGUCUCAUUGGGGUUAUUUUUAUUCUAGGGCAUUUUCUGGUCACGAAGUUUAUCUGGAUGGAGCGUGUCAUUGGUUGGUUUCGGAAUGUAUCAACCAUCGAAGGGCUAUGACCGUCUUGUCAUUUGACUUGAGUCGUGAGGUGUUCUUUACAACACCCGUCGGGGAACAACCUUAUGCUCCAUACGCUGAUCUUCUAUGCUUGACAGUGUUAAAUGGAUCUAUUGCUUUACUAUCCAAUCAUCACGACGAUGUUGUUUUUCACAUAUCUAUUCUGGGUGAACUCGGUGUGAGUGAAUCAUGGAUCAAACUAUAUACUUAUGGCCCCUCACCUUCCAUCCAAUGGCCACCACUUGGAUUUGGGAAGAUGGGACAUCUUUUCAUUAGAAAAAAAGAUCAUGAAAUCGCCUAUGUUGAUUUGAGCACCCAAAUUAUUGAGGAGGUUGGUAUUACUGGUGGAAAGACAAAUUAUAAUAUUGGUGGUCUUUACAAGGAAAGCCUUCUUUCGUCGGAGGAUCAAUGUAACUAGGUUUUCUUCUUCUUGUAGUUUUCACUUGAAAGGUCUGGUAACAUGAUGAUGAUGAUGGAUUGUAUUUUGGUGACUGCCUUUUGAUGAAUCUUGAAUGGCAGUCUGGUUUUGUGAACGUGUAUACUGCAAUGUAUGGAUUGGGGGGGCAAUAAUUAGGCGUUGUAUGAGAUAUGAGGCCAAGGUUCAUAUCUAUGGGUGCCUAAAUGACGUUUAUGUGGACACUUCCAGCCAUAUAUCACAUGUUGAGAGAUGCAUGGAGGUUCUAUUUUCCUUAUUACCAGUAGUUAUGAAUUCCUAUGGUAGUGUAAUGUCAGGGGACACAAGCUCUGCAGAGGAAUGGGAACGUGUUCCCUGGAACUGUUGUAGACACAGAUGUGGUAAAUCCUUUUGAAUUUGAUUUUUACCUUUGUAGCCACAAUGGAAGCCUAGGUACAAGCAAACCAACACACUACCAUGUGUUGUGGGAUGAGAACAAGUUUAGUUCUGAUGAUUUGCAGAAACUGAUAUAUAAUCUAUGCUUUACCUUUGCAAGGUGCACAAAACCUGUAUCUUUAGUCCCUCCAGUGUACUAUGCCGAGACUGAUAUAUAAUUUGUGUAAAGGUGUUGGUUGGUUACCAAUUUUCACAUUAAA